ACCGUAAAUCAGUGCGUAUUGUCAGUUGUGUCCACUUUGUGACUGUAUAUAUGUAGUAUACAUCGUUAAGUAUGGAGCUCUUCGUAUACCGUUUCCUUGAGAGAUAUUCUGAGAUCAUGAAGUAUUGAAAUGUUUCAAGAAUAGACCCAGUUAUCAUCCGUAAUUAUUCUUAAAACAAUUGAUGACGUCAAGACCAAUGGAUUUAUUUAUCUAUCUUCUUUAAGCGGUUUUCAUUGUUUGGACGCUGUUUCAUUUACCGAUACACCACCAUUGUGAAUAGUUAUCAUCUAUGAAAUCCAAUGAUGUCACGACCAAUGGAUUCGUUUAUCUAUCAGCUUGUUGCUGUUGUAAUUGUUUGGUUGAUGUUUCCUUUACCGAAACAACACCACAGUAUGAGACUACCACGGUCCGGAUUUCAUGUUUUCCCGGUCGAUACCUGUCCUAAAAACCUGUCUGAAGUCGAGGCAGCCUCUCGUAGACUCAAUUGUUCUGGGUUUCAGGUGUUUGAAUAUGUUUACCAUUGUCUUCCACGCUUUGAUCUCUCUCAUCUUGUCGAAUUCUGUUACGAUGAUAUCAGUGGGUGGACUGAACCUGGGAAUUGCAUGGUACUCCACACUCAGACUUUGAACAACCACCCAUGUAAAUACUUUGCAAAAGGCUGUCCUAACAAGCCGUACCUGACAAGGAGAAUGUAUAACUAUCCAGCUUUCAUUGACAUAGACAGAAAAGAGAAAUGUUAUCGAAUGGACCCCAACUGUACAUCGAAUACAAGGUAUAUUUAUUGUUAUUUCUUUGUGUGUUCUUUUACUUCUCAUUUGAUUUUCAAGGUGAAGUGCUACACGUUCUGAUCUAUGUCUGACGUCCAUAGGCAUAGCCGUAGAAGUGAGGGC